AUGGGCAGAGAGGAGAUGGUGGCAGUGCUGCAGCAGCAGUGGGAGAGGGAGCUGAUGAGUAGUGGCGGCAACGGAAUCACGACCACAAGGAGCAACGACAGGAUCAGAGCACCGGGCGAAAGCAGCAAGGACAGGGAAGGGCGGUCCGUAGGCAGGUUUCAGAAUGGCACUAACAGCACGCUGGAUGGGAAGCUGGUGCCGUAUCAUAGUAACGAGGUGAUUUUUGAGUCGACUCAAAAGAAGCUGGUGCCGUAUCAUGUGAGCGAAGUGCUCAAAACUCUGUGGGACGUUGACGUCGGUCUGGCAUUCUUUCGGUGGGCAAAGGACGUGCAGGGAGUGAAGCCGGACGGCCAUGUGUACUCUACCCUCUUUGGACUGCUGGGGCGGGGGAAGGAUGCUGCAGGGCUGGCGAGUGCGGAGAAGGAAAUGAGGGAGGAUGGAUGCGGCACGAAUUUGUACACACUGCAAUCACUUGCUGCCGCGUACGCUCGUGCUGGCAGGUUCGAGGAGGCUCGUGUGACGCUGGCUGAGGUUGAGCGUUGCGGAGUUUUGGAUGGUCGCUCUACUAGUGGGGCUCGAGUGGAUGUGCUUUUCCGCAUGGGCCGGUACCACGACGUGAUCAAGGCGUUCAAUGUGAUGCGCAAGGCGGGAGAAAUUCCCAACGAGUUUAUUUACAACACUGCCAUCUCCUGCCACGGCCGUCUCAACAACAGCGCUGCAGCUGAGGCCGUGUUCAAGGAGAUGAUUUCACGGGGAAUGACACCCACUGUGCGUUCUGCGAAUGUUCUCAUGGAAGUGUAUGGCACCGCCGGCAGAAUCGAUGACGCCAUGGCAGUUUUUGACCGCAUGUGCCUGGCUGCUGUUGCUGCUCGAACAAGUCGGGGGGGAGGAGGAGGAGGAGGAGGAGGAGGAGGAGGAGGAGGAGGAGGAGGAGGAGGAGGAGGAGGAGGAGGAGGAGGAAGAGGAGGAGGAGAGGAGGAGGAGGAGGAGGAGGAGGAGGAGGAGGAGGAGGAGGAGGAGGAGGAGGAGGAAGGCAGAGCGGGCGUGAAGGAAACACAAGGGAAGAGGGGGGGAGUGGCUGGCAACCCCGAGCGCACGGCCGCAUGGUUCAAGCGCAUGCUGCUCGCGGGGUGCCCGCCCAACGCGCCGGCGUACAACUCGCUGCUGCUCGCGUUUGUGAGUGCAGGGAUGUUUGACGAGGCAGAGGAGGUGCUCUCUGCGUUCAAAAACGGGUGGGAUCUGGUGGAGCAGGUGGGGAUAACGGCAGGAGGAGAAAAGCACACUGAUCUCGGCACGCACAAGCCUGACCAAGGCCCAGUUUCCACAGGCGAAACCGUGGGUGGCGAUGGUCCACUGUUCCCCAACACCGUUUCGCUGCCCGCAAUUCACGGGCAGCAUGGGAAGUGUUUGUUGGACCUGCACAGCAUGUCAGCAGGGACAGCAGUGACAGUGACUUGGUGGGCGUUGGAGAAGAUGCGGCAGGCUGUCGUGGCCUCUGCUGCUUCAGGUACUGCUUCAGAUGCUGCUUCAGGUGCGUUUUAUUCAUCAAUGGGAAUGGCAAGGGGAACAGGAGCAGGAGGAACCAAUCUCACGGCGGGGUCGGUGCAUAUCGAAGGGGAAUCAGAGUCCAAUAAAAAGGGAGCUGCAUCAGGUGAACCGGACCAAACGAAUGCAUCCUCGAGCGAAUUACGGGUACUGUGGCGGCGACUGGAGAAGGUAGCGGUGGUGACGGGGUGGGGCAAGCGCAGCCCGGUGCAGGGGGCGUCGCUGGUGAAAGCAGCGGUGGAGGCGCUGCUGCUGAGGGACCUCACAGCGCCCUUCUCCCUCCACCGCUUCCACCCCGGCUCCUACGAGGCCCCCGGUGCUGAACUUGAGCAAUGGUUGCUCUCGCCAGGUGUCGACCAGCUACUGGCUCCCCAAGACCAUGUAUGGUAG